AUGCAUCCUCCACCAAACGACAACCGGAAUCACCCUUUCCACCAAUAUCUCCAAAAGCUCACAGCACGCACUCAAUUCCAACCUCCCUUAACAUCCAGGGUUCCAAAUAUUAGUCAACCACCCACAAGAUAUACUCCUGUCAUCGCCCACAAAGAAUCCGAACUCGAAUACGAUGAUGACCACGAUGAAUACGACGACUAUUACGACCACGAAGACACGAUCGAAUACUGUUCAACCCCAGCCACAGCACCGGACUCAGAGCCCAAUGUAAGCUACGGAAAUGGUUUAAAAACAGUAACAAUAAACCUCAACUCCUCUUUUCAAAUCACAGGAGACGGGAAUUCCGUUGCCAUUGCUUCACGUGAGGCGCAACCCCAGACAUGGACGCCGGAGAUAGAAAGGAACACAACCACAAAUGCUACUAGGGACCCCAAGCCCAAGAUCACGAACACUAUAGCAGCUAUCAUCGCUUCUCUUCAGCAAUCCGGCGCCAUGACGCCCACAAAUGCGGAAUCAAAAGCAGGCCAUGUUCCCUAUAGUCCAGAUGCUGCUGUGCCUGCCGCGGUAGAAAUUAAUAUUGACGCUGGAGUGAAGAUUAAGGGAUGUCAGAAUGUGGUCUGUUUUGGGACAUUUGCCCCUCGUGUUGGUGGAUUGAAGGUGAACAGCCAUGGCCAAGACGCAAGGAAAAGACGAGCUCAGUCGGAACCAGUCAGUGGUCUGGAGACGAAGAGAUAUAGGAGAUAA